UCUCGUGACUAAAAAACGAUCAAGUUUCCUCCCCUAUCGAAAACACAGGAUGUAUUGACGACGAAUGCUGUAAGCGCUGUCAUAUUUCUUAUUACCUUGCAGCAUAUAUAUUGCACAGUUUUAAACUAGCUCCAGUCUGUGGCCUCAGUGCAAGAUGCUUGUUGUAAUUUUGACCGUUUUGACUCUGGUUCAGUUUGGAGAAGGGAAAAAAUGUCCUGCCGAAUGCACAUGCUUUACGGUGGCGCGCAAAAUGGAAGUAACAUGCUUCAAGAUGAGGUCUUUCCCAUCCAUGGACAGUUUCCCGGAAAAUACAAGUACACUGAAUAUAUAUGACUCCUCGUUCUCAAACAUACCCGAAGGCGAGCUGAAUAAAUUGAAGAACCUAUCAUUCAUACGCUUGGAAAGCAACAUGAUUACUCACAUACAGGAUGGAGCCUUUGAUGGCCUUAAAGAUCUUUUCGAAAUAAACCUGGAUCACAACAAACUGGAGACCUUUCCUAUUUUCAAAACCAGGUCACCGUUGAAGAGGCUUUAUCUCAACCACAAUAACAUCAAAGCAUUGUCGCGAGUGUCUCUAAACAAUCUACCGGAGCUGACCCGAUUAAGAUUAGACGAGACAAGCAUCACAGAGAUACCUGCGUUUAUAUUCAGUAACAACAAAAAGCUAGAAAAUUUGACUAUACAGAACUCACCUUUGAAAAAAAUUGACGACGAUGCAUUUAAAGGUUCAAACCUCCAAGAGCUGUUCUUACAAGGUACAAAAAUCACAUCGCUACCAGCAACAGGACUUGAUAAAUUAAAGAAAUUACACCUGGAGAAUGUUGAAGAUUUCUGGUCGAUUCCAGCCGGUCUGAAAAGCAUCACAGAGGUGUAUUUGAGUAAAUACAACUCUUUUUUGUGUUGUGCCUUCGAUCUGGGUACAUACCAGCGCAAUGUGGGACGACAAAUUAGCGACGAGUGGUGGACCUCCUCACCUAAACAUUUUACAUCAGCUGCUUACAAAAGCACAGCGACGGAACCCACGACAAAUACUGAUGAAUCCUCUACGUUAACGUCUGUUGCAUCAGGAUCUUUUAGAUCUACAACAUACACGCCAACUCACAGCCCGAGCCAACACCGAAAUUCGUCGACCACUCCUUUUAACCCAUGGGAAAGAAGAAAACGUCGUGACUGGGGAGGAUGGGGGACACAAGCCCCCACGGCUAACCAUACAAAUGGUAGUUAUACCUCACAGAUAACUACGUCUGGUUCCAGCGGCGGGGGUUUGGUUACUCUCCCCCAUGGUUUUCUACCCGUAACAGCUUCUCAUCCUCCCACACUCCAUCAUGAAAACUCUACAAACAGAAGUAUAGUAACAGAACCACCCCUUUCAACUGUGACUUGCUUGCCCGAAAGAGACGCAUACCACCCAUGUGAGGAUAUAAUGGGAGCAAAAUGGCUUACUGUGGUGUCUUUCAUGGUAGGAAGUGUGGCACUAAUUGCAAAUCUUGUCGUCGUCGUUGUCAUGCUCUCAAGUGAUCGUCGUUUGAACGUUCACCGUUUUCUAAUGUGCAACAUGGCCUUUGCGGACUUUUGUUUGGGCCUCUACAUCUUUCUGCUCGUGUGCGUGUCGCUAAACACUUCAGGUGAUUAUUACAACUAUGUCAGGACCUGGCAGUACGGUGCUGGUUGUCACAUCGCGGGCUUCCUUGCUGUGUUCUCCACAGAGCUGUCGGUGUACACUCUAACAGUCAUCACCAUCGAACGAUUUUUUGCCAUCGUGUACGCCAUGGAAGUGAAUACUCGACUUUCACUCCGCAAAGCAGUUAAAGUUAUGAUUGCAGGAUGGGUUCUUGCUCUUCUCCUCGCCAUUUUCCCUCUUGCUGGUGUAAACAGCUAUAGUAGUGUGGCAAUUUGCCUACCCUUUGACUCCCACACGAAAGGAGACUUGGCCUACGUGGGUAUCGUAUUAGUACUAAAUUUUGGGACUUUCUUGGUCAUCGCGGGAUUGUACGCGAAAAUGUUUCAAGUCGUGGUAGGACCCGGUCCAGUUGAUGGGGCCCCACAGAGGAAUGAUGCAAAAGUUGCCAAGCGGAUGGCUUUGCUUGUUUUUACCGACUUUGUUUGCUGGACCCCCAUUGCAUUGCUGGGCCUUAUAGCAGCUUUUGGCUCACCUCUUAUCGGAGUGGAGGAUUCAAAGUUUCUCCUCGUGUUCUUCUUUCCACUCAAUAGCCUAUGCAAUCCAUUUUUGUACGCCUUUUUCACGAAAGCGUUCAAGCGCGAGUUCUUUGCCCUUCUGAGUCGCUUUGGGUUCUGCCACACGCGAGCUUUACAUUACAAAGGGACGCUGUCGUCGCUUAUCUACUCCCGGUCACGCACCAAGCGCUCCACAAUAGCUGAAGAUGACACGAGAUCGAAGCGAAUCUCACAAGUAUCCGCUGUUUCAGGUACUGAGAUCAAAACAGGAGUUGGUUUCUUUAACGGCAACUGCAAUGUUUACCAAAAUGGCCAUCCUCAGGAUAGCUCACCGGAGUGCAUUCCCAUGAAAGGUGUUCACAACCAGGGCUUCGGCGAUGUAUCACCAGAGAACCCCGGCAACGAUGACGUUUUUUUCAAUCCUAUGGCUGGAGCAACACCGACGGCUGACACGUCUCCGAGAUCUCCUUCGCGGAGAUCGCCCGCCGAUUUGGAAUCUCCUGAUUGGUCAAAUCGUAGCACGCCCCAAAUUUCUCGAGCUCCAAGUGUCGGCAGCUUUCAUGCAGUCGAGGGACAGCUGACGGAGAGGAGAAUCAAAAAACAGUCCGUUUCGUUCAAGGAUAUCCCGAAAAUAGACCUUCAAAGCUCAACUGAAACACUGUGAUAGCAAAUGAAACCAUCGGUGUAACAUGACGGACAUGACAGGAUACUCUUUGCAGGCACUGAAUGUCAUUGGUGAUUGUUUAAAGUGAAAUUAGUUGGUUGUUCUUCUUAGACGUGUCGACCUCCAUAUAACCAACCAGCUGUUGUUCAAGUAGUAGGAGGCAUUUGUUCACCCUCUGUGGCGUACCAACAAAAUAAGCCCCCUUACAAAAACUCGCUGUGGUGACAUUAUGUGAUAAAGCUAGAGGAGAGAACUUCACAUCCAGAAAAGAACUUCGCAUGAAAUUGAAUUUGAUGAAGAAGUUAAUUCCAAUUGACAGAAAUUUAACCAUCCAAGAUUAUGUGAAAAGCAUACUUGAGAACGGUGACUGUGCUGUUCAGUUCCCAGCCAUUUUGAGGAAGGCGUGAUCGCAGUUUCAAAUCUCAAGUAAACAUUUGAUAAAUUAUUUGUAUAAAUAUGUGUCGACUAUAUUAAUCGAACUAAAUCUUUAACAUAUUGAAAAAUUUUGUUGGAUUACCGAAGACAUCGUCAAAGACCUUUCUCAAGAACUGGCGCCCGAAAUUUCGAUUCAUGAUUCAGAAAAGUAUACUCAUGAAAGUAAAAUAGUUAAAAUGGUAACUACUAGCAAAUGAAAAUUUAUAGAACACAGAGGGGGGCACUUAAAUCCGGCAGAUCCACUAACGUUAUAUUCAGAUAGUCUCUCGAACGAAUGAUGUCUCCACUAGGCCUUUAUGUCCUAACGAAGUUAUAUUUUUUCAGCUGCACUGAACGUUUUGUUACAGGAAAGUAUUAAGGAUUACGACGGAAAUCAACGAUGCUUACGUGUGUUGGUUUACACAGCUUUUUUUGUUGUUGUUUUAUUUAGCCGCCAUUUCUUGAGAAGGGUCAAUGAAUAGAACAUAAAUAAUAAUAUAAAAAUCUAAUUGCACUUUUGAAAUUUUGUUGAUUUCACGUGUAUUACGGGCAGUCGCUCUGACUGAAACGUUUUUUCCCAGUUUCUAUGGUUCCCAGACCUUCACGGACACAUCGGUGGGUGGCACGCUGAGGAACUUAACAAUAUCUUCAUAUAAAUAAAAAGAAAAUGGGGGAAAAAAAAGAGCUAUGCGCAGUCCUCGCUCGGCCUUUCUAGAGUCUGCUAGUGGUCUCAUUAUGAUGUAAUAAUAUGAUACAACUCACAUUGAGGUAAAAAGUAUAACGACUGCGUUAAUGAUGUUAAAAAUGUAUGGCCUUGGUCAUAUUCUGUGAUGAAUACAAUAUGUAUAAGGAAAUGAA